GAAACAACAUGGUGAUCCCGAAAUUGACACAGUUCAAGUCAAACUGAUCUGAACCUCUGAAGCCAACCCGGAACUUUUUGACCAGUUAAUAAUCCCUGAAGACGGAGAGUUUGGUGUCUUCCGUCGGUUUUUCGAAGGUUUUAUAGGAAAGUCCAUCUGUUUUGUUCCGAAGAAGAAACUAAGAAGUGCUUGAAAUGUUUUCGUUGUGACGGCGGUGGUUCCUGCAGGACGCGAGCAGCUGCUGAGGAGUGAGGUCUAAAGGAGCCAACAUGCCACAGCAGAAGGACAUAGUGAGGAUAGCCAUCCAGAUGCCUGGAGCGUACCCCCAGCUCAUACAACUGGACCAGAAAAAGCCUCUGUCUGCUGUCAUCAAGGAAGUGUGUGAUGGCUGGAACCUUCCAGGUCCCGAUAACUACGCUCUGCAGUACACCGAGGGAGUGCAGAUGUACAUCACUGAAUCGAACCGUCUGGACAUAAAGAAUGGCUGUAUUCUGCGUCUGACCAAGGCACCGGGUCGCUCAGCAGAUGACCUGUACAAGGGCAUCCAGAGCUCAGAUGUAGGGGUGCGAUGUGAUUCGCUGAAAGAGCUAGCAAGCGUUUCACGGGACGUGACCUUCGCUCAGGAGUUCAUCAGCCGAGACGGCCACGUCUUAUUGGUCAAAAUAGUCGAGGACUCUAACGAGAAUAACCAGAUCAUGACACACACUCUGACUGGCUUCAUGGAGCUGAUGGAUCAUGGGAUAGUUUCAUGGGAGAACCUCUCUGCUGUCUUCAUCAAGAAGAUCGCCGGCUUCGUCAACAGCAAGUCGACAGAUGAAUCCAUGCAGCAGGUGUCCCUGGACAUCCUGGAGAACAUGGUUCUGAGCAGCCGCAAACUUUUCCUUCAAGUCAAGCAGGAGGUCACCAUGGAGAGGCUGAUUGCUCACCUACAGGUGGCAAACCAGCAGAUCCAGACCAAAGCCAUGGCUCUGCUUAUGGCCUUACUACAAACAGCUGAAGACGCAGACAGACAGGAAAUGUUUGCAUUUCUGAAUAAGAAGAACCUCCGUCAGUACAUCUAUAAGAACAUUAUCCUCAGCUCUAGUCCAGUCCAGGAUGAGAUGGCUCACUACCUCUACGUCCUGCAGUCUGUCACCUUGAAUCAUUUGGAGGCUCGUAUGCGGACGCCGCUGGAUUGUUACAACCAAGACCAGAGAGACAUUCUUCACAGGUUACGACAGGCAGCUUUUGAGACAGAAAGUGAGAACAACCUCAAUCAUGAACGACGGCGCUCACUUUGUGCCAAAGAGUUUAAGAAACUGGGUUUUUCUAACAACAGUAACCCUGGUCAGGAUCUGGUACGGACACCUCCUGGUCUUCUAGCUUUGGACACCAUGUAUUACUUUGCUUCAGGCUACCCUGACGCCUAUAGCAGGUUCGUCCUGGAGAACAGCAGCAGAGAGGACAAACACGAGUGUCCGUUCGCCAGGAGCAGCAUCCAGCUCACACUCAUCCUUUGUGAAAUCCUUCGAAUCGGAGAAUCCCCCUCUGAGACGGGAUCGAACUACCACCCCAUCUUCUUCAGUCAGGACCAGCUACUAGAGGAGCUUUUCUGUGUCUGCAUCCAGCUUCUCAACAAAACCUGGAAGGAGAUGAGAGCCACGCAGGAGGACUUUGACAAGGUGAUGCAGGUGGUGAAGGAGCAGAUCACCAGGACGCUGUCCAGUAAACCCACUUCCCUGGAGCUCUUCAAAAACAAAGUCAACGCUCUGAACUACAGCGAGAUCCUGAAGCUCAGGCAGACGGAGCGGCUGCACCAGGAGGAGACACUCGCUCCACCGGUCCUCGAGCUGAAAGAACGGCUGAAGCCGGAGCUGCUGGAGUUGAUCCGCCAGCAGAGGCUCAACAGGCUGUGUCAGGGAACCAUGUUCAGGAAGAUCAGCAGCCGCCGUAGGCAGGACAAACUGUGGUACUGUCGUUUGUCACCAAAUCACAAGAUGCUUCAUUACGGCGACGUGGACGAAGAGGCAGAAAACCCAGCAAUAGAAACGCUGCAGGAGAAGAUCCCAGUUGCAGAUAUAAAAGGCUUGCUGACAGGAAAGGACUGUCCUCACAUGAAGGAGAACAAAGGCAAACAGACCAAGGAAGUCCUGGAUCUGGCAUUUAGCAUCACCUAUGAUGUAGAGGAGUACAGUCUGAACUUCAUCGCCCCCUCCAGGACCGAUUUCUGCUUGUGGACAGAUGGACUGAGCGUCCUGCUGGGCAGGGACAUGAGCAGUGAAUCCAUGCGCAGCGAGCUGGAGAUCCUCCUGUCUAUGGAGAUUAAGCUCCGCCUCCUGGAUCUGGAGAACGUUCCCAUCCCGGACAGUGCCCCGGCUAUCCCAAAACCUCCAAGCAACUACAACUUCUGCUACGAAUUCAACCAGACUGAGCAGUAGACGUGAUGUAACUGUAGGUUCUGACCCAUUUUGACCCGUUCUAACACAGAUUUGAACACUUUAUUGUGGGAGGUUUCAGUGGAGGCCUGAGACUGAACAUCAGUGAGAAACUGCAUCCUGUAAAUUCCUGCAAAAUGAGUGUUUUUUUUUAUGUAAAAAUCAGGUGAUGAUCUGCAUUCAGCUGUCAGGAACCUGGAAUAAUUCGACCACUUCUCUAAUGGUGCAUUCAGUUUGUUUUAAAUGGGUUUUAUAUUGUAAAACAUGUUGCAUAGCUUCCGGAAUAUCGCUUUAUGCAAGGCUGAAACUAAAAAAGCUUUGUUCUGCUUAAAUUCUUCUUUUCACACGGGCAUUAACUAGAGAACGGUACCUGUGCAUCGGUUGCAACAUUUGAAACAACAAUGCUGGUACUUAGUUUAUGCGCUUCAACUUUAUGUGUUGAAGCUUUUUCAUCUGAAGAGAUUUUUUUCACCAAACAUUCAGUUUUCUAUUAUUGCUGUAAAUCUGUAUGAUUCUGAUCAUGGAUCAAAUCCUGUUUCAUCUCCAAAAAUGUUGCUUUUUUAAACCAGGUACUUCUAAUGGAAGCUCAGCUGUGGAGACGUCCACGUUAAUCUUCUGCUUUUCACUAAUUUACACAAAUAAACAGUUUGAAUAAGAAAA